UUGUCGUCUUGGCAACUUGUCAUGUCGUGUAUGUGUGUGUUGUGUAGUUGAUAUUAUUUCAGUUCAGUAUUUAGCAAAGAUUUUCUUAACAGUACCAGUGCUUGUUAAACUUGUUAGUUUUUUUUUAUGAUCUAUCUAAGUCGACGAUGACGUUUAACACUUGCUUCUUUGAAGUUAUUUUUUAAAAUUACAAUAACAACGAUUGAGUUAGACAAGACUUAAGUUAGAUGACUGUUUUGGUACACACUAGACCUAUCAUGUUCUAGGUAAACUUAUAUUAAUGAAGGCCAACUAACUUAAGAACAUUUUGUGUUUAAUCUACUUUCUUUAACAUUUCCUAUGGAGGAAGAAAAUAAUCUUAUCAGCCUAUAUGGGUUGGAAUUCCCGAGCCGAGCUGUUUCUGCCCAGGUAGCUGAAACUGAUGUUGUUCGGUUUCUUGUUGGCACUCAGACACUCAAGUUAGCCAAUAACCAAGUACAUCUAGUAGAGCUGAAUGAUGAAACUAGUGCUAUAAAUACAAAGGUGUACCAACACGGUGAUGGAGAGAUCUGGUCUCUAGUGGCGUCACCUAGUGACGCUCAGCUGAUGGCUACCUGCUACAACACAGUGUCUGCGGACGGAGCUUGUGUGAUGCGUUCGGCUCUGUGGCGACUGCCUGAUUGUCCCGACAACUGCCCACCGUUGCAGCAAGUCUGCACCUUCGACACAGAUGGACAUGGGGAAAACAUCAAGGUGACAUGUUUCAAUCCACUGGAUGGCAAGCAGGCGGCUACAGUUGUCGACAACAAGUUCCUAGUGUGGGACCUGGGCGAGGACUCAGCUCAACUCUCCUCGGUCGGCACAUUGCAGGCUAAAGGAAACCCGAAGCUGACCACAGGCAAGUGGAAUCCUCAGCACAGCGGGCUGCAGUUUGCCACAGCUAGUGAUACGAGUGUGCGGGGAUGGGACCUAAGGGCUGGAAACAAGCAGACGUGGGUUAUAGAGAACGCUCACUCUCAACUGGUAAGGGACCUGGACUUCAACCCCAACAGACAGUAUUACGUAGGCACGUGUGGCGACGACGGCUGCUCCAAGUUCUGGGACGUGCGUAGGCCUACUGAACCUGUCAUCGUAAGAUCCGACCACUCACAUUGGGUAUGGUGUCUCAGGUACAAUCACUUUCACGAUCAGUUGGUGGUCACAGCCAGCAGCGAUUGUGUAGUUCUGCUUACCAGUGUUGCGUCCAUCGCUAGUGAACCACUGGACGAUGAAAGCAAGGUAAGACUAGACGAUGGUGUGCUGGCAACUUACGACCAACAUGAAGACUCGGUCUAUUGCGUGGAGUGGUCUUCAGCAGACCCUUGGUGCUUCGCCUCACUUAGUUAUGACGGCAGACUUCUCCUCAACAGGGUACCAAAGCAACACAAAUAUAGCAUCCUUAUCUGAAA